AUGGCACGUGGACAACAGAAAAUUCAAUCACAAGCCAAAGCAGCUGAGAAAGCUGCAAAAGUAAAAAAACAACAAGGACAUAGUGCUAAUGAACAAAAAAAGGCUGCACAAAAAGCUUUAGUUCAUGUGUGCAUAGUUUGUAAGGCACAAAUGCCAGAUCCAAAGACAUAUAAACAACAUUUUGAGAAUAAACAUCCUAAGAAUGAUUUACCAGAAGAUUUAAAAAAUAUAUGAGAGUAACAUGUUGCACAAACAUGCAGGUUGGGAUGGAGAGAGCAACAAAAAAAUUAUUACAAAUGACAAAGUGAUAUAGUUCAACAUUCAACUAUUAAAUAGUCACAAACAAGAAAAAUAAAUUAAAUCUUGUUAGUGUUUAAAAUGAACUAUCGCACAGUUAACAAUUGAAUUUUUGUGCACAGCUCCAAAUUGUAAUAUUAUUGAUAAUUCAUGUGUAAAACAAAAUUGUUCAUUUUUUUCCAAAGAUACUCAAUAAUGUUCAUCUAAUACAUGAUCACUAAAUUUUCAUUUGACAUGUAUAUUGUUAAAAAAAUAAAGUUAAUCAAUUUAGCAGAAUAA